AUGCCAGCUACCAUAACAUACGGUAAGAAGAGAAACAGAAGUAUUCUAAGGACCCUGGGAACACGUCGCCAAAGAGCCAUAACAAAACCUUUACUGCCUGAUCGACCGCAAUCAGAGUUCCAUACGAGCCAUAGCCCCAAGCAAGCAUCCCGGAAGAGAGCAAUGGUUGAUCUGCAGACUGCGGACGAAAUGGCAAGCUGGUUACUAGAUGAUUCCACCCCAGAGCGCCUCUCAAAUGAAGGAGAGAACUCGUCUCCAAAAAAGCGCCGGACCACUACACCAAGGAAAUCGCUUUCGGUUGCGAGCAUCCAAGCCAUCUCGCCGCUGGACCUCCCUUCACCUGUCAAAGCACCACCUAGAGCCUUUGAUAAUUACCGUCAGAACUCCCGCAUGGGCAAGCUCUCGCCACGAAAAGCCUUGGGAAGAGUUCCUAGACGAGCUGCCACAACUGGGAUACGCAUGGAUACGUCACAAAGGCGACCAAGCAUAAGUCUACAACGCCGCCACAGGCCUACGAGAUCGCUGUCUUAUGACCCCCUCAAAUUUCACCCCACGAAGCAUUUCGCAGCGCCAACACCUGUGGCGCUCAAUGCCAUUGACAAGAAUGCGAGAAACCGUGUUGCAGAAGGAUGUCAGAUUCCUCACAUCCAAGAGCGGUGUGCUGGUGAAGAAAUCAAUGGAAAACUGGCCGCUAUGCUAGCCGCUACCAAUGCACUUAAGCCAUCACCACAACAAGCCAACUGCUCGACCUCAAGAUUUACGCGUAUGGUACCGUCGAAAGUGCGUGCAAAGGUCUCGAAUGCAUGGGAUCGUUUCCAUCCAAAAGGCUUGAAUCACGCAGAAAAACAUACUCCAGCCAUACCUUCGUCAGGCGAUGAACAAGGCGAUAGGUGGAUUCAAGGGAGCAUUGUUCUUACCCCUCGCUCACAUGCAUCAACUGAGAACGCAUCUCCCAUUAGUAACAUUGAGCUCCGCUUGAAUGAAGGGGACAACCUCAACAAAAGCAAGGUCCAGCAAAUCGUUGGAGGUCGCGUAAACAGAAAACCACUAGCGGAUGAUGGGAAAUCUCUGAGAAUCGGAAAACUUGUGGAAGAUCCAUUCUCUGAACGAGCUGAUAGGCGAGCUCUAACAACUUUCGAAAACCGACUGAAGGGUUCGAACGAUAGUCAAAAGACGCCUCUCCCUUCGCUGUGCAAUCCAUUCGAAUCUGAGAAGGGAUUCGACGACAACAUUGAAGAUAGAUUCUUGAACAGUACACCAGUCGGGUCUUCAACACCUCGGGUUCGAGUCGAUCGACCAUCAACAUCGAGCAGUGGUUGCUGCUCCGCGGCCAGCGGCAUACAGACAACACAGAAGCAUUUUAAUGAGAAACUGGGCGCUUCGUCAACAUCUAACCGGAAAGAAAUCGGGCAAAACUAUCCUUCAAGCCAUAAGCUUCUGAAUCCUGGUGACGAUGUAUUGGUUAAGUCGGUCACUCAAGCUCGACAAGCUUGGGAGAAAGUGACUGGAGACUUGCAGGCCUCUAAUGGGAUGAAGAAACACCCAUCACCCAGCAAAGACGCUCUGGAAAGGUUGGAAAUUCAAUUCCAGCAGUAUACUCAUGUUCGUGUCUCUGAGCCUGUCAAGCACGAUGUGGAUGAACUUGGAACGGAAUGUAUAGAUGCGAGCCCAUCCCUGAAGGCAUACGAAAGGAAGAGAUUGAGCUUGGCUCGUUUAUCUGUCACCAAUAUUGACGAGCUGGUUGAUCCAGCAUGCGGCAAAGUUCACCAUCGCCGAGGCUCCUCAACAUCAAUGCUCCAAUUGGUACGAAGCCCCUAUAUGCUACAAAAUUCGGUCAAAUUGCACAAGGAUACUCGGUUAGCGCCUCCUUAUCGCCCAGCUGGGGUUUCUCCUUCUGAUGUGGACGAGUUACAUUAA